GAACUGUUCGCGACACACCUUCGAUGACGUAGUCCGGGGUCAGGUCAUAAGGUCCAGAAAACGAACCCGACUGGAAGGCGCUUUUAGUGUUCCUUCUGAUCAUUCUUCGACGACAAAAGAUCUGUCGCAACUCCUGCAGCAGUCUUCCUGAUGGCAGAGAAGUUUCCCCUAUCCGGUUUGGAGGAUGAGCUGAGCUGCAGCAUCUGCUUGAGCCCCUUCGACUGUCCGGUCACCAUCCCCUGCGGACACAACUUCUGCCAGGACUGCCUGCUCGCCACCUGGGAGGACUGCACCUACAGCUGCCCUCAGUGUCGGACCAUCUUCUCCAUCAGGCCAGAGCUGAAGAAGAACACGGUCCUCAGCACCGUGGUGGAGGCCUUCAAGCAGAAGUCAUCGACCAUCCCGACCGAGAAGGAGACCAAAGCUGAAGAGCCGAGCAAACCCGAGGAGAAGCAUGUGGUGCUCUGCGACGCCUGCAUGGAGGCGGAGGCCUCCAAGACCUGCCUCACCUGCAUGGCCUCCUACUGCGAGGAGCACCUGCGGCCUCACCGGGAGAACCCCAUCUUCCGCGUCCACCAGCUGAACGAACCAAUUGGAAACUUGAUUGAACACAUCUGCCCCGACCACUCCAAGCUGAUGGAGCUCUACUGCGUAAACCACGACCGUCUGAUCUGCAGCUCCUGCCUCCAGCAGGCCCACAAAGGCUGCUCCUUCUCCUCUCCGGAGGAGCAGAGGAGCCUGAAGGAGUCUGACCUGAAGAGCAAGUUGGAGCUGCUGGACGCAAAGAUCAUAAAGAACGAGACGGUCCUCUCACAAGUGAAGAUCAUGCAGGUCAAGCUGAAGGACUCCGCCACCAGCAGGAAGAAGACUCUGGCGGUCGAGUAUCAGCAGGUGAGGGACAUGCUGACUCGAGAGGAGAACGAGGCCUCCAACGCGCUGGACCGAGAGGUGGAGAGCGGUCAGAUGAAAAUCCGAACUCUGAUGAAGAAGUUCUCUGAAAAUGUUGAAAACAUGAAGAAAGCCAAAGAGGACAUCUGCCGUCUGCUGGGGCAGUCUCAAACACACACCUUUCUGCAGACCUCAUUCACGCUCCCCCAAGCUGUGACGUUUGAGCCCUACAUGCCUCGGAUCACCUUGGACUCCAACAAAGUGAUGGCAGCAGAGAUUUUCCCGGCUGUGCUGAAGAAACACCUGACGGAAAUGUUUGAACAUCCUGUAUCAGCGAGGAUACAGAUGCUCACACCGGUAACCAAAGUCUUUCAUGAAUCGGGUCCAGGAGCAACUUCUUGGUCACCUUUGACCCCAAGAACACCCCAGCAAUCUGAACCUGGAAGUCCUAUCCAAAAUCCUCAGUCUAAAGUGGCCUCAAAGAAAAAACCUUCAAAGGGCACCAAAUCUUCUGAUGCAAGCGGUUUGUUAAAAAAUGAGCUGACCAAAUCCAUGGAAAACCUGGUGGAGUUUAGAGGGAAGAGUAAAUCCAAGGAGAAAAUAUCAGAAAUUCCCCGAGACAUUGCUUCAGCUGAAAAAAGGAAUGAGCUCAUGAAAUUUGGCUUUGCUCUCACUUUUGAUCCAAGAACAGCCCAUAAACGCAUCAUCCUCACCGAAGACUUCACCAAAGCGUCUGUGUCAGAUGAGUCCACCAACUACCCAGAAUGCCCAGAACGCUUUGCGGUUUGCUCCCAGGUGUUCGCCACCCCAGGUUUCAUCAGAGGUCGCCACUACUGGGAGGUCCGGCUGAGCUGCAACAACUUCAUCGGCCUUGGGUUGGCCUACGGCAGCAUCGACCGUAAGGGCCCCACCAGUCGUCUGGGCCGUAAUAACCGCUCCUGGUGCGUGGAGUGGUUCAACGUCAAGCUGUCGGCCUGGCACAACAGCGUCGAGACGGUGCUGGCUAAUCCGAGUCCGAAGCGCGUAGGCGUGCUGCUGGAUUGUGAGGAGGGCAGGGCGACCUUCUACAACGUGGCGGACAGGGCGUAUCCCUUCCACUCCUUCUCCUUACCCUGCGUGGAGCCCGUCUAUCCGGCCUUCUGGGUUUUCUCAAGCGGCUCCAGCGUUACUCUGUGCAAGCUGCAGUAAAGAAGCAGCAUCUGCACGUCCUACUUCAUCAGUUUACCCCCUCCCCGUUGAUGGAGUAGUCAAAUCCAAUCAAGAGUUUAGCAAUUAAGAUUCAAUUGAAGCUUAUUGGUAGAUUUUUUGGGUCUUAAGAUGGAAAAUUAAAAAUAUUAUUAGGUCUUAAAAAGGAUGUUGGACACAGACGUUUAAUCUCCAUUGUGUCCAAAUUGAGCAGCCCAACUUGUGCAAUAAAAAGUAUUUUUGAGUGUAAUUUCAUUCCUAACUAGUAAUUGUGAUGAUUAGACAAAAGAUUAAAAUGUAUUCCAAG